ACUCGGAGACGUUCAGAUACGUCAAGACCUGAAUUCCAACGAGAACUCUCAGAGAGUCAUGACCUUUUCCCAACACUGAAGGAUCAAUUUGAGCAUCCGGAAAAACUGAAAUCCGGAUCUGUAGAUAGCCGUCGAAAUGUGAAAGAGCCAUGUGCUAGGAGGUGGUAUGGCGGUACUGAAUAUCCCCUUCCUGACGCUUACAACGAACGGUCUUCUUGGAAUGACAGUAAUAAAAAGCAGGAUGAAAGGUUGAGAACUGACUAUGAAAGAAGUGAUCGGCAAACUGACCGAAAUAUUUCUCAGCGGCAGCCAUCUUUGAGAGGAAGUUAUGAAGACAUUGCGCCAAGUAAACGCACAAUUGAAAGACGACGACACCAACAGGAAAGGAGGGCACGACAUACUUUGGACGUGAGCGCAAUGUCGCCAACCAAGGAGUCAGCACUUCAAUUUAUUAGUGACAAACAAUCAGAGGAGCUUCCUGAACCAAGGAAAAGAGCAAAUUCUGAUCCCAAUGUAUCCGAUGAUAUCACCAAUCUUACACGCAAAUAUGAAUUUCCUGGACUUGGGGAAAUCAUUCAUCUCAAAAAAGGGUGGUUAAUUAAGCAAGAAAAUGACCCCAAGGAUUGGACGAAGCACUGGUUUGUUUUAUCCGACCACACACUCAAAUAUUAUAGUGAUUCUAAAAACGAAGAGGCUGAAAUAGAAGAUGGUUGUAUAGAGUUAUCUUCCUGCGUGGAAGUGACGGAAGCUAAAGUUAGUAAAAACUAUGGAUUUAUAGUAAAAACUCAUGAAAGCACCACCACACUCGCUGCUAUGACAAACGGUAUUCGCAAUAACUGGAUCCAAGCAAUCCUCAAAGCCAUGGCGGCUAUCCCUCCUCCAGAACUCCCACCUCUCCCCCCACAAGCAGUGAGCGUUAAUCCACCAGAUAGCAUUGAACUUGAACAAACUGACAAGUAUUAUUCCAGAGAACGUCCGGCUUCGGUUAAAGAGAGACUGCAACAAGAAGAGGAAUAUUUGCCAGCGACUAGAUCAUCGUCAGCUCCACAGCCAAGGGAUUUGAUGGAAAAAUCAGGUGGACGUAAUUCUCCAGUGCCUUCUAGGAAAUUUCUUCCAGAUGUUGACUACAUGUUAGGAAGAAAACCAGCAAAUGAAACACCCACACCUGCCAAAAAGCUUGCCACAGAAGAGAGUACAAAAAUGAGAGUGGGAAGCCCAAUUAAGUUUGAGAGUAAUCCUGUGUAUCUGACAAAGCUCGAAGCAAUACGGAGUCCAACCACUUCAAGAAGAUUUCUGGCUGAUCACACGUCUGAAAAACCGGGCUCCACAUCACUUGUCAGUAGUGAGCAUCGAGAAAAAACGGUUACCGAGGAAACAAGUGAUAACGAUUCAGAAGAACAAGAGGAAAGUGAGGAUGGUGAGGAAAGUGAUGUAUCGGAGCAAGAAGAGCCUGAAAAAGAACUAACAAUUGUAGCAGUUGAAAAAGUAGAAAAAGUAGAAAGCCAGAAACAAGAACGGAGUGAUGAAAAUGAACACAGUGAAUCAGAUAUUUCUGAUGAUGCAGACUUGGAGUCUAAGGACAUGGGAGGAGAUAAAAGUGGAGAAUCUAGCGGUGAAACAUCUGGAAAUAUCACAUCAAGCUCAGGUGAUGCCAUGCUGGUGGAAUUACUUGAAACUGAAGUUGAAUCUCUAAAGGCUCAGCUAGAAAAAACACAAAAAGAAUUAAUUGAUUCGCAUCAGCAAACUAUCGAAUUGAAAACUCAGAUGACAACGGCAAGACGGGAUCACCGUGAAUCGUUCAGUGAACUGGAAGACGAUCAAAAUAAAUAUUUAACUCAGAUCGAAGACAUGAAUUCAGAGCAGAACCAAAUUGCCCAGCAGUAUCACCAUUUGAAGAUUGAACUGCAGGAGGCUAAAAACCUAAAUGAAUUAUCUAAAAAUCAACUGCAGCAGCUAAAGAAACGACUCAGCGAUGCCAACUCUGUUAUUCAUAGGCAGGAGAAUGAUAUCGGCACUUAUAAAACCAAAUUAGAAAUUGCUGUUUCUGAGCUAACUGAAACUAAGGAGAAAGCCAGAAAGUUAGAAGGAGACUUGAGAGGAGAAAAGGAAAAAUCGGUGAAAGUUAUUGACAUUUUGAGAGAAAAGAGUGAACGUUUAGAUUCUCAGGUGUCUGAGCUUAAGACUAUGCUGAAAAAAGCAGAAGGGGAGAUUCAUGUGAAAAGUAAAUGUAUACGAGAAUUUGAACGAUCAAGGAAUCGGCAGGAUUCUGAGAUAAAAAUAGAACAUCUCACGAGUAAGUUGGAAGAGGCACGACAGAGGUUAAAAGAAAGUGAACGUGACUGUAUUUUAAAUGAGGAAAGGUUUGAAAAAAGGUUUCUGCGACUGCAAAACAAGGGACAGUCAGAAAAAGAAACUCUUGAGAAAAAAUUAGCUGACGCUGAAGAGAAAGUUGCGUCCUUAGGUCAGGAAAAAGAAUGCAAAGAUAGAAAUGAAAGCCAUAAACUGAAUGAAGAGUUAGAGGAACAGGAAGAUAAAAUAGAAGAAUUGUUACAUCAGUUGAAAACAGAAAAAACUGAGAAAUCAAAACUACAAGAGAGAUUAGACGAAGCUGAUAACCGAUUAGCAGAACUGACACUCAGUUUACAGGGAGAUUCGAUCAGCGAUGUCACUGCCAAUACUUUGAAAUUACAAAGUGUAGAGAGAAAACUUGGAGAGGUGGAAAAGAAAUUAAAAGAUGCUUUAGAGGAUGUUGAGAGAGAACAAGAUGUGAAUGAACAUUUACAAGAUGAGUUGAAAGAGAUGAAAGCAAAAGUGAAUGAACAACAAAAAAUGAUAGAUUCUUUGAACGCAAGAGGUGAAUCUGAUAAUGGUAAAGAGAGAAUUAGCAAACUUAAAAAAAGUCUAGAGAAAGCUCUUGCUGAAAACACUGUUUCAGAAGAGUACCUUGAGAAAAGUGCUGAAGAAAUCGGUUGUCUAAAAACUGCCUUGCAAGAAAAGUCAGAUGAGAUAGAAAAACUGUUAUUGCAAUUAGAAAAUAUCUCCACAGAGCGAGAAGAUGCACAACCUAGGUUGCAAUCAAGUGAGAUGGAAUUGAAGGAACUCAGAACACAGCUAGACCAGGUUUUAGCUGAAAAAGAGAAAUUGAAAAAACAGUUGGAUGAAAGUGUCGAGCAAAUAGAAAAAUUGCAGAAGGAUCUUGGAGAAAAAGAUCUUCUACUUGAAGAUUUGAAUAGGAAAAUGAAUGCUAAGGAAGAGGAAUAUGAAAAGCUGAAGAGAGAUGUUGAAAAAUGUUACGGAGACAAAGGAAGUCUGAAGGAGCAGAUACUCCAGCACACUUUGGAAAUAUCACAAUUGAAAGACGAAUUGCAAGAAUCAAAAAGAACUAUAAAGGAACAAGAAGAACAACUCGCACAAAAGAAACUAGAACUGGAAGACGCAAAAGAAAAAGUAAAACAGCUGGAGGAUGACUUUGUAAAGCUUCAGAACCAACAUGAUGAAGAGAUUUCAAGCAAGUUGCAGGAGUUAGAUGAGAGAAAGGCAAAAAUAAAUGAAUCAGAAAAAAAACUUGCAGAGUUGGCGCAGACUGUGGAGUUAGAGAAGACAAAGGUUUCUACCCAAGAAUCCUCAGUAAUGAACAAAGACAAUGAGAAAGAUACCAACGAAUUUGAAAAUAAACAGUUGAAAAGUAAAUAUGACAGUGCCAUGCAAGAGGUCAGGCGCUUACGUGUGCAGCUGAAAGAGGCAAAUGGCAGCUAUGAUGAACUUGAAUUUUCACUCUUGAAGAGCAAAGAGGAUUAUAGGUGUGCUGAGGAGAAUAACAAGGAGCAGAUGCAUCUAAUGGGUAACAGGAUUAAAGAUCUAACAUCAAAACUUGCCUUGGCUGAUAAAAAACUGAGGGAUAGCGAGAAGCGAGUCAGCAACCUAGAACGUAAACUAGCUGGAGGUUCUUUAGCAAGCUCUCGGUCAUCUUCGAAGGAGCUGGAGACUAAGUUAGAGGAAUUAGAAAUGCAACUUUGUGAUGUUGAAGGAACAUUAAAGGCUCAAGAUGAAGAGACAAACAGUCUGAAGGGCAAGAUUGGUUCUGUUGAGGAAAAGGUCUCUGCAAGGGAAGAGAUGUUGUCAUCUUCGCAAAACACUUCCACUGUUUCUGAUCCGAGGAUAAACAAUCAUCAAGAAGCCAAACCUGUUAUAACAAUAAGUAAUUGCCCUCCAACUGUUGAAAAAGUGAGCGAGAAGAUGCAGUCAUCAAGUAGCACUGGAAGUGAAUCAGAUGAUUCUGACAGCUCUGUGCCACGGGAAAAGGUAGAAAAUCCAAAACAGAAAAGACUUAUGAGAGUAAAAUCAUUGGAAACUAAACUUUUGGAUACAGAACAAAAAUUAAAAGUAAUCACUGCCAAACUAGUGGAUGUGACCACUAAAGAUCUUGACAAUAGAAAAUCAUUUCAUGCCAAGUGUGUUUCUGAGAACAAACUCAAAGAGCAGAUAAAAGACUUUAAGAACAAAAUUGAACUUCUCACAAAAGAGUUGGAACUUGAAUAUAAUGUAAGGAUGAGAAUUGUUGGCGAUGUCAGCAGUCAUUUAAUUGAGCUUGAACAUAAACUAGAAAGUGUUGAGACAAAUGUGUUAGAUUCAAAACAUAAACUUACAGAUCUUUUGCAAGAGUUACAGGGACACAAAGUUCCUAUUGACAAGAACGUUUUAGACCAUUGUUCUGGUACUCUCUUAGAGGUAGAGAAACAAAUCCAGGAAACAAAAGAUGUUACCCUCAAAGUGGAAAGGGCUCUUGUUGUGCAGAAAGAUGAACUUCAAGAAAGAGAGAAUCCAGAAUUAACUCGAUGUAAACAGGCCCUAAGGAAAUCAUCUGCUGAAAGUCAGUCAUCUGAGAUGUCUGUUGGCAGUCUGAAAAGUAUGGAUGAUGCAGUUACAGUUGCCAUGGAUUUACUUCGAGAUCAGCUGGCACAGACGGAAGAAAGGUUAGAGGAAAAAUGUGAAGAAAUCGAUGUGAAAGAUAAAAAUCUAAAAGAAGUGAAGCUUGAUGUCUUUGCUGAUAGGCUGGCCUUAGAAGCUGUCAAGAUGGUUACAUCAACUGCCGGUUCGAAAUCAACUAGGAUCUCAGAAGAUGAUAGAAAUGUUGAAAAUUAUGCCAGUGCCUUGUCGGCAAAAAUAGUUAAACGAGGUGAACUUGGUGCAGCACUAUCCAGAGCAAGAACACAGAUGCUGUCAGUUAAGAUUCCUGGCUGUGCAUUGGAAAAUAAAAGACAUGAUGAUGAUGGUUCAGAUAAUGAGUCAAAUAUCACUCACUCCAAGAGAAAUCUUUCACCAAGGAGAGCUAUCUCUGAACCACUGCUGAGAUCUGUUUACUCAGAUGACACUUCACAAGUGGGUGAAUAUGCAACAACUUUGGCACAGCAAGCACUGAAAGAAGGUGAGAUCACUUAUGUGAUUGAGAGCAAAGUCAAAGACAUGCAUCAUCAGUUGAGAAAUGCUUACUGCAGGUUAGAACAUCAACAAAAGAAAUUAAGAAAACUUUCAGCACUCUGUGAUGAAGGGAAGGUAGAGGAAAUGAAGGUACUUGUAAGUGGUUUCACACCUGAGACAUCAGAAGACGCUGGGGAGGUUCCAUUGGUCAUUUCAUCCUCAGAAGAAAUGACCGAAGAAUGUAGUGAAGAGGUGACAAGUUUUGAUGACAGAGAACUAGCAUCUUAUGCGAAACGCAUUGAGUUGGAGGAAACAUUGAAGUUUGCAACUGACCAUGCAAGUGAUGAAAUUGUGAAGGCAGAAAUGUUACAGAUACUGCGUAGAGUCAUGGAUAUGUAUGAGAAGGAGAUCAACAUUGAAAGGGCCAGUUGCAUGCAAAUGUUGAAGGUCCAACGACAAGCAGCUGAGAAAAAACAUGCUGAUAUUGAACGUUCUAUCAGAGAUGAGAUGGGCACAGUAAUAGAUACAAUCAAAGAGCGAUAUGAAACUGAAUUAAAUAAACUUCAGGGACAAAAUGAACACAUUAAUAACAAAGGCCCAUUUUACAAUGAUCAGCUAAUGAAUCAGUUUGCAGGAAUUGUGGCCCGGAGGUCAUUCCUGAGUAGCAACAUGACUCACUGGGGUCAUGCAAUGCUUUCCAUGAGAUAUGAGGUGAAACCACAGCAUAGACGACAUAGUCUUUCAGCACUGUCUUUGUAUUCGGCUGCUGCUGAUAAUAACCUAAUGUAUCCCAAACGACUUUUGGCUAAAUGCAGUAGCAUGGAUGACUAUGCUGAGAUGUUGGCGCAAAGAGCUAUCUUCCAGGCUGAGCUGACCUACAUUUUAAACAUGUUGCACAGUGAACAUGCACAGCAAUUGAAUGCAUUACGUGAAGCCUAUGAGACAGAUUCCAAUGGUAAAGUCAUUGAAAGCAUCACAAUGGAGCAUGGAAGAAAUCUUACCAGUGUGAGAGAGCGGUAUGAAGAUAUCAUUAAAGAUGAGAGAGAGGAACAAGCUAGAGAGAUGUCCAAAUUCCAGGGAGAGUUGGACAGAACGAAGAAGGAGCUGAGUACUGUUCUUGCUGAGCUGAGGUCAAAGGAAGAGUAUGCUAAGACCAGCGGUAAUCCAGAAAUAAGUUUUACUUUAGAAGAAGAUCCAAAUGAUCAAGUGGAAGAAAUGACUGCCAAAAGAUUGAAACAUUUGAAAGAAGAGUUAGAUGAUGUUAAAACACAAUUAGCAGAAACUACAGUUCAGUUGAAGUUGAAAACAGAUGAGCACAUCAAAGAAGUUGACAAUAUUACUGAUGUUAUGGAGAGCCUAGUUGCUAAACAACAGGAGGAACUUGAAGAAAUUAGAGGGCAUGAGAAGAAUUUGAUUGAUGCACAAGAUAAACUUAAUUCUGAACACAAACAAACUUUGGAAGAGCUAGAACGUAAACACUCAGAGGAAAUGAAUCAAGUUGUCACUGGGUACCAACAGAGGUUAUCAGAAUUGACAGAGCAGUGUAAUGUCAAGAAAGAAGAAAUGGACGAACAGACAAAGCAAGUGGAAGAGCUGAAGGGAGGGUUGCAUAAGUAUCAGGAACAAAUAUGUAAAUUGAAAGAGCUUGAAUCCCUGAAGGAAGCUGAAAUUGAAGAUUUGAAAACACUGCAUAUGAAAGAAGUUAAAGGAUUGAAUAAAACUAUGCAAGAUUUUCAUAAACAAGUUACUGAGGAAAGUGAAAUAGCUCUUCAGAAUGCUAUCGCAGAGUUGGAAGAAAAUCAUGCAGCGACUGUGAAGCAAGUGGAAGAGGAUUGUGAGCAGAAGAUUGGAGAUGCCGCCGUUGAGAUAGCAGAGAUUCAGCAGCUGGAAAUUAAUGAUUUGAAUGAACGCCAUGAUAAUGAACUGAAGGAACUGACAGAGAAAUGGGAAAAGCGAGUGAAAAAUGUUGAAGCUGAACUACUUGACAGAUUGAAGGAGAGUCAUGAGGCAGAAAUAAAUAAAGUUGUUAAAGAUUAUGAAGAAAAAAUGAAACUUUUGGAGACAGAAAUUGUUGAAGGUCUGCGGCAGAAUGAAGAAGAGCGGUUGAAUCAGCUCCCAGAGGAGUAUGAAGAUAAAAUGAAAGCUUUAGAAAUUGAGAUGCUUGACAGAUUGAAACCAGAUGAAGCAGAUAACGAUGAAUUGCAAGCCAUUAUUGAAGAUUAUGAAGUCAGACUCAAGACCGCUGCAGUGGAAAUCCUAGAUUUGAAGGAGCUGCAUGAGAGUGAAUUAAAAGAGAUGCAAGAACGUCAUGAUGAUGAAAUGACGAAACUUGAAAAAGAGUAUGAGGAGAAGCUGAAAGACAUUGAAGAUGAUAUGACGAACAUGGAAGAUGAACUGCAGAAGGAAACUGCCGAGUUAAAGACGCGGUACGAUGAAGACAUUACUCGAAUAAAACAAAUGUAUGCAUUAAAGAACAAAGACGUAGAUGCUAAAAGUGACGACAGUGCUGCUGUGCAAGAAGCCAAACUGCAAUUUGAACAGAAAACAGCUAAUAUGAAGAGAGAAUAUGAACAGAGAAUGAGUAAAGUUAAGGUGGAACACGAAAAGAGAAUGUCUUAUAUGCAAGAUAAUUACGAAGACGAGAUUGGGAAAAUUAGAAAGGACAAUGAUAAGAACCUGAAACAGGUUGAGCUUCAUCAUGAAGAAAUUAUUUCAAAGAUGAAAAGAGAGCAAGAAAACUUUCAGUUGGAAUUUGAGCAGAGGUACGGGAAGGAAAUCAACAGACUGCGAAAUGAACAGGAGUACAAGAUUGCUGAACUGGAGCAAAGCUACGAGGAUGCUAUAGAGAAUUUAAAGAGAGAUCACAAGAAGGAAGUUGAUUUGAUUGAUCAAGAACACGCACAAGAGAUCAAUGAUUUGAAGUCUGAGUACGAGGAGAGGCUGGACCACUUCGCCGAACUGCAUGAAACUGAUCUGGCUGUGGUGAAGGGUAGUCUGUUGACAAACCAUCUUGAGGUGGAAGAACCAGUCUUCGCCAUGGCAACUCCACAACAGCAUGCUCAGUCCUCUGUAGCAGCUCUCAGGGAAAAAUAUGAGAAAGAAGUUGAACAGUUGAGGAGUGGUGAUAGUGGAAUGGUGAAAGUUGAAAGGUUACAUCGGGAAGCUGUCGAACAAAUGCGAAAGCAGCAUAGGGAUGAAUAUGAUAAGUUAAAACAACAGAAAGACCGGGAACUCGCCCAAGAAACCCAGGCAACACUUGCUGCUAUGGAAAAAAUCCGCAAGAAACACACGGAAGACAUGGAAAGGGAAAGAUCAAAGCAUCAUCUGCAUGGUAAUGUAAAUGCGACGAUAGCGACAUUACGACGAGAGCAUCAGGAAGAACUUGAAAAAAUUGAAAAUGAAAUGAUCGCUUUAUCAGAACAGUACUCGUCAAAAUGCAUGGAGAACUCGUUACUGGAAGAGCAGUUGGCUACUUUGUAUCGCUCGCUGGAUGAGAAGAAACAAAGUAUCCAACACUUGACAAGUGAGAACAUGGAACUGAAUGAAAAGAUGGCUGAGGAGCUUGCUAGCUUGAGGAGUACCCUUGAAAUCGGUGGCGCGAUUGGUGACAUGGGUGCAGAGGCUGCUAACAAUUUGGAAGUACUUGAGCUGUAUGACCUUAAGAUUUCUCUCAGAAUCAAAGAGUCUGAGGCUUUGGUGAUGCAAGAAGAUAUAGAACGACUACAAUGCCAAUUAGCCAAUACAAAGCAGGAAGAAAAUGAAAUGUUUGCGGAAAAGUACAGAAAACUGAAACAGGAUCACACCAGGGUCGAAGAAAAGGUCAAAUACUUAGAGCGGAAACUAUCAGAGGCUUACGAAAGACUGAAAGAUACAGAAGUACGAAAAGUUCCAGCACCGCAUACGUUUGAAGCCAAGACGAAACAAGCAUCAAAAUCCAACUUGGAUCGUGAGCGAUCUUGGUCGGAAAGUAAUCUAACAUGGGAAUCACCAAACACUUCCAAGUGGCGUUCUGAGGAAAAUCUUCGAAAUUUCAGUCCGGAUGAUCGGCGGCUGGGAAGUUUUAUUCCUGUUGAAACUAAAAAAUCCAAAGCCAGCUCAGUACGCACACCCACAUACCAGAGUAAGAAGAAGCCAUCAUCCAGUGGAAGCAGGAGAUUAAGCCAAAAGAAUGUUGACAAAGCGCCAUCCUCAGCUCAUCAAAAAACAGAAAGUGGAAAAAGUUCCUGCCCUGAUUUGUUUACAUUGCUGGUUGCCAAGAAAGACCUGUUUCUGUUACAUCAUUGCUUUCUACGUAUCAGUGAUAUUUCAGAAGAGUACCUCGUGAAAUGUCUGCAGUUGUAUCUCAGUAUCAAAGAAGAUGGACCAUUUGAUGCAGUAAUGGACCAAAUUAAAAUCAACGAAAUGAUAAAAAAGUUGCCAGUUUUGUUAUCAGAAUGUCCAAUACAUCCGUGUAAGGCAUUUUAUAUUAAUCAAAUUCUACUCUGCCCUUGUAAUGAUGUGUUUAUAGUAGAUUAUCUCAGGAAAUUGACAGUGGAACAGUCGAUGAUUUUUCUAGAAUAUCUUCACUUUCUACUAAUGAAGACACCUGUCUGCAGAAAGAAACCAACUAAAUUUCCAGCUUUUGAACGGACUGUAGAAUGGAUAUGCAUGAUACUGGAUGCACAGUUUACACAACUGUUAAUAUUCCCGGAUGCCAGAGAUUUACUGUUACAGCUACAUGAAACAGUUGCCGAUAAGAUGGUUUUCUUUAAAGAAUUGGGCAGUGUUGAGUUAUUGUUAAAUCAACUGAAGCAGAGAACUGAGCUGCCAUCAACACAGCGUAAAAAAGAUGACACAACACUUUAUAGAAUAGAAAUUCUAAAACUGAAAAUCUAAUAAAGAAAGUUAAAUUGUGCAAAUUUAUAAUUACUUUAUAAUAUGCAAAAUAAUAUUACCAUGUAUUGGUUGAAAUUGAUUGAACCUAUUGUGAAUGUCAAAUAAAAGUUCUAUGUUUAAUUUGAUUUUCAUAUUCAUUUCAAGA